UAUUAACAUAAUGCAUAUCUAUUAUUAUUAUGCUCAAUGACUACAAUAUGACUUUUUAUAUUAUUUAUUUAUAAAAUUAAAUUAUAUCAUAUACCAUGAACCUURAUCGAACACAAGUUUUGAAUACAAGUUUUAAACUGAYCACUAAGAACUGAAAAAAAAUUAAUAACUAUGUCGGGAUCAAAACGUUAUGGAUCUAGCUCAUCAUAUUCAACACACAGUCCCCCUAUUCCUGAACGUUGGAUUAAAUGCCCUCGUAAAUCUUAUACAACUAUAACUGAAAAAUUUGUGGCAUUCAAAACACCACUGGAUAGUAAAUAUGAUGAUCAAAUACCUAUCGAGAAUAGGUUCAAUGCAGAAAUGUUGUUCUCAUCUAUGUCUAAUAUGAAGGUAAGUAUAGGUUUAUGGAUUGAUCUGACAAAAACUAGCCGUUUCUAUAAUAAAUCUGAAAUCGAAGAUUCAAAUUGUACUUAUGUAAAAAUCCCCUGCGCUGGUCAUGAACAACCUCCUACACGAGACCAAGCACAACUAUUUGUAGAUAUUUGUACAAAAUUUAUUGCGAAAAAUCCUCUGCUGUCCAUUGGUGUUCAUUGCACUCAUGGUUUUAACCGAACAGGAUUUAUGAUAGCUACUUAUUUAAUAGAAACAUUAGAUUUUGAUGUAACUAGUGCCAUAGCUCAAUUUGCGGCAGCUAGACCUCCUGGAAUUUAUAAACAAGAUUAUAUAGUUGAAUUAUUUCAACGAUAUUCAGAUGAAGAACCUAUACUAGCUCCAGAACUUCCAGAUUGGUGUAUAGAAUCAGAAGAAAAUAACCAUAAUUCAAGUAAAUAUGAAUCCUCUUCACGAAAUAAACGUGACUUCAGAGAUCAGGACUCUAAAGAUAGAAGAGAGCAUGAACCUUCUAGUAAACGGUCUAGAAAUGAAAUAAACAAUCGUAACCCAGUAUUCAUGGAAGGUGUAUCUGGUGUUACUGCUAUUUUUGAUCAACCUAGAUUAAGCAAUAUUCAAAGAAGAACUCAAGACUUAUGUAAUUGGAAAAGAUCUGGAUUUCCUGGAUCUCAACCAGUGUCUAUGGAUAUUCAAAAUGAAAUGAUUAUUGAUAAAGUUGAUGGACAAAAUAUACCACGCUAUUUAGUAUAUGAUGUAGUUGCAUUUGAAGGUUUUGAUGUUGGUAAACAACCAUUUUAUCCAAAUAGAUGUAUGCUAAUUGAAGUUGAUAUAAUUAAACCCAGACAUCAGGMUAUCAUGUGUGGUCGUUUAGAUAAAACUCAAGAACCAUUUAGUAUUCGUUUGAAACAAUUCUAUGACAUAAAUGCUUCUGAUAAAUUGCUGGGAAAUUUUAGUAAAAAUUUAUCCCAUGAACCUGAUGGUCUCAUAUUCCAACCAUCAACUGAUCCUUAUGUAGCUGGUACGUGUCCAGAAGUUUUGAAAUGGAAACCAUUGGAACUGAAUUCUGUUGAUUUUAAACUAAAAAUUGUUACAGAAGGUGGAACUGGAAUGUUGGAAUCAAAAGUUGGGUAUUUGUAUGUAGGUGGUAAAUCUGAUCCUUUUGCCAGAAUGAAAUAUACUAAAGAACUUAAAAAUAUGGAUGGAAAAAUAAUUGAAUGCAAAUUUGAAAAUGGAAAUUGGAAAUUUAUGCGAGAGCGAACUGACAAAUCAUUUCCRAAUGCUCUCAAAACUGCAAUAGCCAUUUGCCACAGCAUCGAAACGCCUGUUACAAAAGAAAUUCUCUUAAAGUAUAUACAACAAGCUCCACGUAGAUGAUGUAUGUAUAAAUGAC